UCGCAUGCAUCGUUGAGAGCGAUUCUAGAGCUCUGGGCAGUGUCGAAGGAGAUGACAAGUGCUGUUUGUGUUCUAGUUGAGCGAGGUACAAAGUUGAGGGCUGCAAAACUUCAAAGCAACACACCUACGUAGGACAGUCCUGCAUCACCCUGCAUCGUCUACAACAUAGUGUCGCCUAAUGCACAUGAUGGAACUCUUCGGGAGAAAAAAAUGGAUUUUUCCUGCGCUGCUGGUUCUGGCAUUCUGGUUGGACAACGUGAGUGCACAGAACCGGAUCAAUCGGCAGAGGGGGAACAUUUUGAAAAAUUUAACCGGAACGCACGAAUACGACAACCACAUCGUCACAAGUCAAUUGGAUGCAUCCUCGGGAAUCCGAAUGUUCUACCGGGGCUUUCGUGAGGUUUACAACCGGCUGCUUGGCCCUACCGGAGGCAGAAUCCAGGGUCCAUUCCUCCAGCCACACGUGAUGCCGAAUGUUCCCUUCCCAUGUGACACCAGAGGCUACCGAAGCAGUCGAGUUCCGACCAGUGUUCAUCAGCUGCGACCCGGUGACAUCGAUGUCAUUUCUGCUGUAGGUGAUUCGUUGACUAGUGCCACAGCAGCCAAUUCGGUCGCUCUGUGGGAAUUACUUAUUGAGAACCGCGGACUUGCGUGGUGCAUUGGAGGACAAGGCACUUGGCGAACGCACCUGACAUUGCCCAACAUAUUGAAGGAAUUCAAUCCGAAGCUCUUCGGUUACUCUUUAUUCGACUCGUACAAUGUUCAUCACACGGCACAGUUCAAUGUGGCUGAGAACAUUGCCACCACCACCGACAUGCCGUACAAUGCAGCCAAGUUGGUCGAACGGAUGAAGCUAGAUCCAAGAGUACAAUGGGAAAAGCAAUGGAAGUUGCUUACUUUCAUGAUUGGUGGUAACGAUUUCUGUUCUGAUGUGUGCUAUCAAACAAAUGCCACCGAGUGGAUCAACGAAGUUCAGGAAAAGUACCUUAUUAAAACGUUGCUCUACCUCAGACACAACAUGCCAAGAACCAUUGUCAAUCUUGUGCCGACUCCGCUCAUAAGCUUAUCGUUCUCAAUGGACAAGGCGCAACAACUUCCUUUUUCCUGUUAUCUUUCGCGACCAAUUGAAUGUUCCUGUCUGUUUGGGCCCAAAUAUUCCCACCGAAGAAAUCUCUAUCGAAAGUUGGAACGAAACUUUGCCAAGAUCAUGGAACGGGUCAGCUAUCUUCCCGAUUUACACAGCGACAAUUUCACCGUGGUGUAUCAACCGUUCUUCAAAGAGGCCAGUGUCUUCUAUCAAAGAGACGGUAAACCGGACAUGUCCGUCAUGUCCAUCGACUGUGUCCAUUUAAGCCAGAAGGGUCAUGCCGUGUCUGCCAAUGGACUGUGGAACAACAUGCUGGAACCGACGGGAGCCAAGACUGUUGGAUUUAGGAGACUGUUUGAAGAUUUCAAAUGUCCAUCGUCGCAGAAUCCUUACAUUAAGACUUAUUUUAAUAGCUAAGUGUUGAUUUGGGAUACAAUGAGAUUUUGUUGUCUGUUUUAUUUUUAUCAAUAACAUUUAUUUUAUUUCAACAAUGAGCGUGAAAACAAGUGCAAAAUGAUUAAAUUAGCUCAAACAUAUAGACUGACUUAGAAUUUGUUUUCGUUGAGAUGACAGCAUUUAGUGGUGAUGGGGUACUCCGUAAACUGGUCGUGGAGCAGAGUACACUGGAGCUGGUGCAUGGUAGCUGCUAG